AAGACAACCGGAUGACGGGAACCGAAAAGGGGGACAGGAGCAAAACGCAUCAGUCGGAGAGACACAGACGGGGCGCUGUUGUGUAACAGGCGGGCCUGCGGUUGCGUUGCUGUGCGUAAUUUUCCUCCCGGGGGUUUGAUCGUCCUCUCUCCGCGGAGGAAGGGACGGCGCGGGGCUGCGGGUUGCGGGCUGCGGGUUGCGGGUUGCGGGGCUGCGGGGCUUGGCUGUGCGUCGGCCGUCGGCGGAGGACCCGCACAUGUCGGCUCGCUGAGGGACCGUUUGUUUCUCCGACCUGGAGGAGCUGCAAGAGGCUGCUCGCAAAGCCAGACGAGAGCAUUCAUCCUUCUCAGAGAGAAAUAUAAAUAAUUAGGGGGGGCUGCAACAAUCGACAAAGGAUCCGUUUUAUAAAAAACAAAACAAAAAAACAACAACAAUCCAGAAGGACAACAGUGAUGCGGCAGCCGAGGUGGGCCCAGAUUGAUGAUUUUAUGAUAUCAUCAUUCACCGCCAGGACCGGCUACUGAUCCUAUCCACAAGGAGGAAAAUCGAGGAGAAUAAACUGUAAACUGACCAGGAGUCCUUUUUUUAUUUUUGUUUUGCGUUGGAUAAACAAACGCGUUAAUAGUUUCCUAGUUGCUGUGAUUUCCCCUCCAUCUUCUCUGGGAGCUCGGCUGUAUGAUACCACAUGAAUAUCCAGAUUCAGGCCUAUGACUCGGUGUGUGUGUGAGAGUGUGUGUGUGACGCCAGCGCAGCAGCAGCAGCAGCAGAGGCGUGUGUGUCUGAGGAGACGCGCCUGUCUGAGCAUCAUCUGGGCUGCUUCUGCUCCGGGGAUGAUACACAUGCGCCUUUUUCGUCGGUUUGUGGAAAAAAACUGAAGAUUUCAGGGAUGCUGCUGCUGCCAUUCCCAACCCGACUCUGAUAGAGACACCCAGGCAGACACCACGGGACUGGACAGCCGGAAAAUCUCGCUCUCCUCACCUCUCCUCCGCCUCUGCACCUCUCCUCCCCGUUAUUUCUCACCCCUCUCCUCAUCCCUCGCCCUCCACCUCCUCCUCCUCCAUUGCCACCCAUCGAGCGCCUAUUCAACCCGAUCAAUUCAUCAUCCAUCUGUGAUUCAGAAAGCCACCCACUCCUCCACUCCUCCACCCUCCAGCCCAUUCAUCCAUCCGUCCUCCUAGACGCGUCUUUUACGCACACGGACGCACCGCGCCCGCCAUCCACGUCCGUCAUGGAGACGACCAAGCUGCCUCCGUCCAGCCCGUCUUCGCCGACCACCAGCUUCUCGGUGCCGUCUGCAGAGAAGGUGGACGGCUUCCCGCGCAGGUCCAUGCGCAGAGCCCGGCAGAGGAGGUCCCACAGCUCGUCCCAGUUCCGCUACCAGAGCUCCCAGGUGGAGCUCACCCCGCUGCCCCUGCUCAAAGAUGCCCCGGUGGCAGAGUUACACGACCUGUUCUGUAAGAAGCUGCAGCAGUGCUGCGUGCUGUUUGAUUUCCUGGACUGUGUGGCCGACCUGAAAGGGAAGGAGAUCAAACGUUCGGCGCUCAACGAGCUGGUGGAGAGCGUGGCGACCAGCAGAGGAGUCCUCAUAGAGCCGCUCUACCCAGAGGCUAUCAAGAUGAUCUCGGUAAAUAUCUUCCGCACACUUCCUCCCAGCGAGAAUCCAGAGUUUGACCCAGAGGAGGACGAGCCGACACUGGAAGCCUCCUGGCCACAUCUGCAGCUGGUGUACGAGUUUUUUCUGCGUUUCCUGGAGAGUCCGGACUUCCAGCCCUCCAUGGCCAAACGCUACAUCGACCAAAAGUUCGUCCUGCAGCUCCUGGAGCUGUUUGACAGCGAGGAUCCGAGGGAGAGGGAGUACCUGAAGACCAUCCUGCACCGCGUCUAUGGAAAACUACUGGGCCUCCGAGCCUACAUCCGCAAACAAAUCAACAACAUCUUCCUCAGGUUCAUUUAUGAAACUGAGCACUUCAACGGAGUGGCAGAGCUGCUGGAAAUCCUCGGCAGCAUCAUAAACGGCUUCGCUCUGCCUCUGAAAGCCGAACACAAGCAGUUCCUGGUUCGAGUGCUCAUCCCGCUGCACACGGCGAAGUCCCUCUCCAUUUUCCACGCGCAGCUGGCCUACUGUGUGGUGCAGUUUAUGGAGAAAGAUGCUACAGUGACUGAAUAUAUCAUCAGAGGGCUGCUCAAAUACUGGCCCAAAACCUGCACACAGAAAGAGGUAAUGUUCCUGGGGGAAAUCGAGGAGAUUCUUGACGUGAUCGAACCGUCUCAGUUCAUCAGGAUCCAGGAGCCGCUCUUCAAACAGAUAGCCGCCUGCAUCUCCAGCCCUCACUUCCAGGUGGCGGAGCGAGCUCUUUACUUCUGGAACAACGAGUACAUCCUCAGUCUGAUCGAGGAGAACUGUCUGGUCAUCCUGCCGCUGGUGUUUGCAACCCUCUACAGAGUCUCCAAGGAGCACUGGAACCAGACCAUCGUGUCGCUGAUCUACAACGUGAUGAAGACCUUCAUGGAGAUGAACAGCAAACUCUUUGAUGAUCUCACUGCCUCCUACAAAGUGGAGAAACAGAAGGAGCUAAAGCGUGAGAGGGAGCGUGCGGAGCUCUGGCGAGGCCUGGAGGACCAGCAGGAGCGCCGGAUGCAGAUGCUGACAGAGGCCGCCAGGAACCAGCGCAACCUCCAGGAGCGAGACGAGAGAGGGGACCCCCUGACCCCCACGUCCCCACAGACGGCCCACUCCGACCAGCCUGAGCCCAAACCCAGCGGGGCCUCUUCUGGAGCCGGCGAGAGCGCCACCUAGGUGCCACCUCUCACAGAUGGGAAAACACCGGGGAAGGAAGGGGGAGUGCUAGGGGACAGGGAUUUGAUUGGAGGGGAGAGUCCUGGGAGAUGGAAAAAGGUACAAAACAAGCCCAUGGUUCUCUUUUUUCCUCUUGUAUUAUGGAGGUGGCAGCUUCUUGUAAAAAGGUGCGAUCUCUGUGAUGCAAGACUGUACCUUCUUUCUGACAAAAUUGUGUGAAACUGGUUCACUUUUUGUUGUACACACAUCCUGUUGCAGAUCAGAAGAUGAAUACUUUCCAAAGGUGCACACUUUCGUUAACAGCUGGUUUAUUAAACUGCAGGUCAGUACUUAAAAUUUGUAACUGGCUUGCAUCAAAUCAGCCUCAAAAUAGAAAAAAAAACAAACAAAAAAAAGAAAUUCUCCAGUGCAGCAAUUUUACGUGUCUAUCUUGUCUCAACAUGUAACAAAUGGUGUCAUAGUCUGCACCGUGGCCUCGUAUUUAUAUGUUGGUCGGAGAUGCUUAUCCCGCGUGUGGAGGGCACAGUAAGCUAGUAUACAAAAGAAGCAAUUUCACACAAAUGUCCCAAAGCUGUCGCCGCACAAACCAGACACACAACCCGCCGACACACACACAGGUUCAGGUAUUUACUGUAAAUAUCAGAAGACAGAGCUGCGAAGAAUAUAUCCAGGCCGAGCAAAUCUCACACUAAUAACCGAUUGAGGCAUCAAAUGUUUUCUUACAAACACACACACACCCACACACACACGCACACACAGAGGCACACACAACUGGUUGUGGCGCCAACUUUUCUCCCAAUCUGUCCAGUUUCCACCGAAGGACGAGACUAAAGUCCCUUAAAAUCACAGCUGAUUUGGAAAUGAUGACACUGAUAUAAAGUACAAUAAUGUUCCUUCUUCUUACUUGUUACUCUACUACUACUACUCUACUCUAAGUACUACUGAUGAUGAUGUUUUUUUAUAUAUAAAUAUAUAUAAAUAUAUAUACAUACGUCUCUGGAUAUUUCUGUAGUGUAUUACGGGAGAAAAACUAGUGUAGCAGAAACCAUAAAGGGGAGAGGCCGACUCAAAAUCAGACUUAAAAUAUAUCGGGCCAUAAUGUGAGUGCUGAAAUUCAGCAGAAUUCCCCUUUAACAGACCUUAACAAAGGGGAGGAAAGAGCUGGAUUGUCAGUGGGUGUUUUUCUUUUACUUUGAAAGUGUUUCUAAGGAGAUAAAUCACUGAAAUCUCAGAGCAUUCAAUAUUAAAGGCAGGGUAAGAGAUUCUGCAUGAUUUCUAUUCAAGGACACUUUUUGUCACAUGGCUAAUAUCUCCAUCUGUGAGCUUCCCGUCGCGAGGGUUUACGUUUAUGCACAGGAAGUGGGAGAUUUUGAGAUUUUAUGAUAGCGAGAUCUGUUGGGAGGAUGUGGGAGGAGCUAGCACUCUAUGUUUUGUCAUUUUGUUUCAAAUAUCAACAGACAUGAUGUCAUCAUGAGAUUGCUUACCCUGCCUUUAAAACGUCAGGAAUAUUUCCUUUGAAGUUACCCUCUGAAGUUUUCAUAUAAACACAGUUUCAUUUAGUAUUAGUCACAAUUAUUCACCUGAAAUGCAUUCUGGGUAUUCCCGAGGCUUAAAAGAAGGAGAUUGUUUUGAAUGUGUUUUCUUCCUCUGCAUUUAUAACAGUUUUUUUUAAAUGAAAAUUUGAAAUUCUAAAUUGUUUACAUACCUGCUUGCUUGCUCGCAGCCUUGUUCUCUCUACCGCCACCCCCUGUUCAUCACCGGAACUGCGUGAGAUAAUGCCAUGUUGGCUACGUGCAGAAAAAAACAACUAAAAACAUACAUUUUUUUCUGUUCUGCUAUCAAUUAUUAAAAGCUCCAUAUGGUGCUUUUAUGUUUCUUAGUGUUAAUCUUUUUUAAAAAUGUUUUUAUUAAUGGGAAUAUGCUAAACUCAGCACUUUGCUUUGGCUAUGCCUACAAACGGAAGCUUCAGAACCAUCUCCACGUUAACAAAAGUGAACCCCAGGCAACACAGGCUUUACAAGUAAAAACGGAUAAUGUUCGCCACAAACGUUUCAAACCAAAAUAAAAACACCACAAUCCGGUUGGAUUUCUAACUCCUAAGCGUCUGUAGGCUCGGCACACCCGAUGCUGCUAGGUGGCGAUCAUCGCGAUACGUUUGUUUUUUUUUCAUUGUGAACCAACACAAACCUGUUUAUUCUUGUCUGAUCAUUUUGAUAGAGUGAUGGGGUGAAGAGAGGAACGAUGGUAGAAAAAAAACUGGAAAAAAAAUUAGCAAUAUUUUCAUUCUUUCAGGAUAAUCUGUGUUUUUUAGGGGGUAAACGACAAGUGGGUGUCACACACUAAAGUUUACCACCCGCUCUUGUUUUUACUCUUGUUGGGUCCCUGAUAUUCACAUUGUCUUAAAGGUACCUUCUGUGUAAAUUUAUUUAAUGAACAAUGAUUUUGCUUUGAUAUUAUGUUGUUUAUUUUAUCGCUUUUGUAUAAUCUUGUUUACUUUGUGGGGAAACUGAUACUGAUGUUAUUUAUUUUCUAUUUAAUCAGGAGAUGUAACCUUAUUUGACAUUGACGGUCAGGUUGUGUAUGUGCGCUCGAGUGUGUUAGUAUGAGUUCAGCGAGUGAAUCGUGAGUAGGAGAUGUUUGCUGACGGAGUGAUGGAGGACGUAAGAAAACACCUAUAUCCUUUUGCUUCUUUUUCUCUGUCUCUCUCUCUCUCUCUCUCUCUCCUCUCCUUCCUGAGGGACAGGGUUUGAAUCCGAAUGUAUCAUGAAAUGAAAUUGAUUGUUUUGUAGGGUUUUUUUUUUUUUUUUUUGUAAAGUUAGAGACACAGAGCUGCCUGUCGGUUGCUUCGUAACCAAACAUUCACAAGCCCUUUAUUUUUUUUUCCAAGACACUUGCUUCAGAUCAUGCCUGAAUCGACAAUGUUUUAAAAUCCCCUUUGAUUUGUUUUGAUCCUUUAAGAUUAAAGCCUCAGCGUUAGUGUUACGGAGGAUUAGCUAUGAUCCUGUAAUCUGCUGCUGCUUCCUACAGAUGAGCUUGUCGCUUUUGUGUGUUGACCCCCCCAGCAUUUUUAUUUAAUUUGUGGUAUUUAACAUACAGGUCACAACUUUCUCACAAAAUGCUGGAUGUCCAGACCGAGUUUCGACAAAACUGAGCAUGAGACUUGAUUGCUGAGCUUGGAAACAGAUUAAGCCCCUCUUAAGGUCAAGGCUAGACCUCCCUAUCCUUAGCCACCUCUUCCAGCUCCUCCAAGAAGACACCAAGGUGUUUCCCAGCCAGCUAAGAAGCAUAAUAUCUCCUGGUCCUGGAUCUGUCUGGAGCCUGCUCCCAAUUGAGCAUCCCCAAAACACCUUCCAGGGAUGCACCCUGGAGGAAUCAGAUCCACCUCUUGAUGUGGAGGAGCAGUGGUUCCAACCUCCACAAUGACCCCUAUAGAGAGUCCAGACAAGUGCUCCCCCAUAGGCGAGGGCAGGAACAAGGACCAGCUGUAAUCAGAGAGUCUUUCCUUUUGAAUCACCUCUCUCUUCACCCAGUGGACCGGUACAGAGUCGUGGGACCUGUGUGGUAGAGGGAAAUCUCUCCUGGUAGGGUCUCCAAAUUGGUCCUGUGGGACGAGCCAGACUAAAAGGCAAUUCACUGAAUCCAUGUACAGAGUAAUUAAAAAAAAGGUCUUAGCUGUCCUUCACACCGGCCCGGGAGAGACAGCCUGGCUUUCUUUUCCAGCAGUUUUGAUUUGAGUUUGGUUUUGGAGGUUGGAAGAAACUAAAUAUUUUACCGCAGUACCGAUAAAUAAAGGCAGUUAGUGAAUUAGAACAAAUGCUUUAAGAUGAUUUAAGUAAAAUAAAGAAAAGAAACUGAAGCUUUUGUGGCAUUAAAUAAAAAAAAAACUAAAACAUAAUCUGAUUCUCUCCCAUAGCCCCAAAUGACCCUUCAGGAUUGUUUUUGGUCUUUUUUUUCCCUUAUUUAUAUGAGGUCAAUCUCAUUGUUCUGUUGCAUCUGGCUGGACCUGUGGACACACACACUCACGGACAGCUAGUCUUUUGUAAAUCCUGACCUAAACCAGAACCUUCAACUUAACCAUUACCAGUUUCUGUCUAGCCUAACCCGAACCUAACCUGAACCUAACCUGAAGCCACACCUCGUGGUUCCAGAAAUGACGUUCUCAAGCAGCUUCUCAUGAGACAAUAAAAAAACAAGAACACACACACACACACAAUAAAUUCACAGGAAUUUGGUUGGAUUUCAAACAUUGUCAUGAUUCAGGCAUGCAACAGUCAAUCCUCAAUUGAAAACAGCCCAACCCUUUCACUGGCACCCAACAAAGUUUACUUUAUGGUUUAAGUUUUGGCUUGUUUCUUGAUUGUUUUUGUCAGCUCGUCGGCUGACUCAAAGAAAACGGACCCCCAGCUCGCACUGUCCUACAAUUUUCCAUGCAGUUAAUUCCUCGACUCCAGAAAUCUCCCAUGUGUUACUAGAUCUGCUCCAAAACAGGAAGCAAGGGAUAAGCGGGUGUUUCGUAGAGCGCUCUGGCAUCACGUCGCAGACAGCCAACGAGUGCUGGUCUCGUCGACGGCCGUGUUUAACCUCUGCGCCCACACGAAUCUGAGCGAAUUUGCUUGACGUCAGGGAGGAGAUGUGACAGGAUGUAAUGGAAAAACAGGCAGUAAAGAUAAAAACCAGAGGAGGAGAAAGACAGAAGGAAGAAAAGAGUUUGAAACGAAAGCAUGGCAAUAAGUCAAAGCAAAAGAAUGAGAAUAUAAUGUUACAGAAACCUACAACCGCAUUACGUAGCAAUUUCACUGAAUUUCUAGUUUUGCACUGUCUGCCCAAUGGUCUGUGUUUGUUGUAUUGAAGAAAUAAAAAACAUAGAGAAGAUGUUAACAAGGAUGCAGAAGAUGUAUAUUUUGGGGACCAACACAGCGGUGGGGGGGUUUGAAUGUAGAGUGGCUUACUACUGUAUGUAACAUUACAGGGAGAUGUAGAAUGGAGAAAAAAACAAACAAACUAUGUGCUAAAAAUGAAACUUCACUUUGAGAAAACACUUUGGGAGUCUGUGUUUUUUUUGUUUUGUCACCAGUUGUGUCUGUUCAUAUUUUAAAGUUGUUUUAGAUGUUUAUAUCAUCAUUUCAUGCUUGUCUACAGGUCAAUUUUCAAUUUUGGAGUCUUCUGGAUCAGAUUUUACUACAUCAUCUCUUGCCAACUUGGUCUGAAAUACACCAUUUCAGGUCCUGUCUCUUUAAGAACUGCCCCCAGUGUGCUCUGAUUGGUUUGCUGAUGGUCAAGAGUGGCAGCAUUGUAGGUGCCUUCUCAUUCAUUGGCUGAAAUGCGUUAAAAUGGCUCAUUUGGGUCUGAAUUAGCCAAGUGAUUCCCAACUACCGACGACACAUUUCCGGUAGUGUCUUCUUCGGUUUCCUAUUUUUUAAUUUUCCAACCUUUACUGCAAAUAAAAAAAAGUAAUAAUGUCUGACUGAAAAACUCAAAAUCAUUGUAUGUACUUUUUUUUUCAGUCGUAAAUAUCAGCUUUUAUUGACCCAACGUAUGCUGGACCUGCCAAAACGAUCAGAUGUUGAUCACGCAGAGUUUUGUAGUUGGGGAAGUCAAGUUUUUUCCCCCUCAGGGUUCGAUACAGACCAAUGCAGAUCAUAAACAAAACAGGCGUAUUCAGUUUUAUGCUUUCCAGAUGAAUGGUGACACUGUGUUUGUUCCACAUACCAACUGUACACAUUGCUAGAAUGUUAAAGUGGACAUUCAGAUGGUCAUUUCCCGCCAUUUUUGUCUCAUCUAGGGUGCUUCCACAUUAGCUUCACACUCAUCAUACCUCAAGUUUGUAAUUACCUGAGAACCAUUUUCUUUUUUCAAAUGUCACAAGUAUCACAGAUACCUUGAAAAUGAAAUGAUGUGUUAAAUGUUCUCUGAUUGGUUGAAAAUCCUGAGGUUCUUACACAUUUCUUCCAAGACAUUAUGGGAACAGAACAACAUCCAAGAGUUUAUUGUUACAGUUCAUUGUCCAUUUGAAUGUUGAAUUGGAUGAAAAGCACCUUUAAUUUCUGUGUAUGCACAUAUAAAACCAUGUAG